ACUUUUGGAUGCCACUUUCAACCUGCCCUACAAACUUCAGGUCAAAGGAUAUCAGAAAAAAGCUGUUUAAAACACCGAUGGCUGCAAAAAAAAAAAAAAAAUAGAAAAGAAAAAAAGGAAAGAAAAAAAAAAUCUCCAUCCUGUCACAUGUCAAGUCUUAUUUUCCUAAGAAUCAUUGUGGUGAGAUUAUUUCAACCUCUUUCCACUACAAAUCAACUUGUUCAUAGACUUUUCAAGAGUUUUCAAAAUAUAAUCAUCAUAUCAAAUAUGUAUUCAUAUAAGUUAAGAUAAAACGUCAUUGAUUCCGGGGGGUUUAAAUUCACAAUCUACCCAACAGUAUGUAAAGUAAUAGAAGUUAGCUAAACCUUUGCCAGCUGUGGCAUUUAAGCGAUGACUCAUGACUGCAUCAGUAAUUAUAAUCCACUAAAUUACAUUAUUCUAAAAUGGCCCAUUCUGCUUCAUGAGUAUUUUGAUAUAUUUUGAUGCUAAUACUUGUACUUUUACUGAAGCAAAAUGUUUAAUUCAUGAGAGAGUAUUUCUACACUAUUACUAUUACUACUAUUAUCUAUGACUAAAGACCCGAGUACUUCUUCUACCACAGCCAUGCUUCAUUACAGAAAACAUAAAAAAAUACGAUUUAAAAUAACUAUUAUAAAACUUUUUUAAAAAAGAAUCUUUUAAAACUAUUAAAGUAUUUUAACACUAGUCAGAUGAUUUGAAUAAUCAUUGCCUUUGAAAAACUUUGAAAAAAAAAAGUUACUUUUCAUAAAAGCCGUAUUGUAAUGAGACAAGUGGUGUGAUUUGAAAAGAGUAAAUGCUGCUUUAUUUCGAGCGUGAAGUCUGAAAACUGAAAGAAAAAGUGAUAACGUCGGGAUGGGGCAGCAGCGCACAUGCGCAGUGGCGCUCCGCCUGCCGCCGUGGGUCAGUCAGUCAGCGGCUUCAAACUCAGUGGCGCUGCGAGCCGGACUGCGCCGGAGAAGAUGUGCGAAGUGGGGCGCAGCAAGUGUCGGUCAUCCCGCUCCGCGGAGGGUGAGGCGACAAGUCUGCAGGAGCGGACAGACAGCAGUGGAGAAUAUGUGAAGUUCUCCAAAGACAAGUUCUGGUUGGAACCGCCAUCGGAGAAACUGAGGAAGCAGCUGGAGGAGGAGCUGAAACUGAGCGGCAACAACCUGAAGAGCCACGCCUGGUACCACGGACGUAUUCCAUGGGAGGUGUCAGAGAGCCUGGUGGUGAUCCACGGUGACUUCCUCAUCAGAGACUCUCAGUCCAGUCAGGGCGACUUUGUCCUCACCAGCCACUGGGAGCAGAGGACACUUCACUUCCUCAUCAGGAAGACAAUGGUUCAGUGUGGUGAGACGUACACUCGGGUCCAGUACAGCCUGGAGGGCGAAGCCUUUGAGUCUUUACCAGCUCUUGUUCACUUCUACGUGGGGAGCAAGGCGGCUCUGACCCAGUGGAGCGGCGCUCAGAUUCACCGGCCGGUGAACAGGACGCUGCCUCUCAGCUACCUGGAGACGGCCUUCUGCGCUGCCAUUCUUCAGCCCUCUGUGGCAGGACGGCGGGCUGACGGCGUGAGCAGCGAGGAGAGGGUCUGUCCGAGAAGUCCUUCCUCUCUCCACCAGAGGGAGGCAGAUGUAAAUAGGGAGCAGGACGACAGGCCUCUGUUAGCAGGUGGAGAAUCCCAGCUCUCGACUCCAUACAACAACACUCACCAGCCCAGAAGCCCUAGCAUUAGCCAGGCUGCCAGCGUGGGUCCAUCCCCGUCCUUCUCCAGGCGCUUGGAUAAUUCCCGACCCCUGCCCUUUCCCAACAACACCCUCCACAGACAGUGUAAUGACGGACCCCAACCUCAUUUGAACCAGGACUCUCCAUCCUCUGAUGCAGGUGGCUGCUGCUACACAGAGCUGUACCCGGGCCCUCAGAGCUAUGUUGAGAGGUUGCGAGCGGAGGAAGGGUCAGUGGGCAUUGAUCCACUGAGGGUGGACGAUGGGAACGUGUACUUCUCCCCGGUGGUGGAGACGGUCUCUUCUUUCAAGCCAAGCAGGUACCAGUCGCCACUGAUGCCCACGGAAAAUAAACCUUUGGAGGUGGGCAUCCUGCGGAGAGUGAAGGAGCUGCUGGCCGAGGUUGACCCCAGGACAGCAGCCAAGCAUAUCACCAAGGCUGACUGCAUGGUGGCCAGGAUCCUGGAGGUGACUCUGGAGGUGCAAAGAAUGAUGGGAGUUAGUUCUGGGAUGGAGCUGCUCACAUUGCCACAUGGCCAACAGUUGAGACUGGACCUGCUGGAGAGGUUCCAGACCAUGGCGACCAUGUUGGCCGUGGACGUGUUGGGCUGCACUGGGACGACUGAGGAAAGGGCCGGCCUCCUGCAUAAAAUCAUCCAAAUUGCUGCUGAGCUCAAGAGCACAAUGGGCAACAUGUUUGGCUUCGCUGCGGUCAUGAGAGCCUUAGAACUGCCACAGGUGUCCCGUUUGGAGCAGACCUGGACAGCCUUAAGGCAGCGACACACAGAGGGUGCCAUUCUGUACGAGAAAACUCUAAGGCCUUUUAUGAAGAGCCUGAAUGAUGGGAGGGAAAGCUGUCCGCUGUCCAACACCACCUUUCCCCACGUCCUACCCCUCCUGUCUCUGCUGGAGAAGAGCAUGGCGUUGGGUGAGGGCACAGAGCCGUGGGAAACGGAAGUUGGGGUGGACGUGGUCAUGUUUCACCUGGGGGCGGCAAGGACCAUCGCUCAGCUGGGGGGCAUCUACCGCUCGAAUGCUGAGAGCAGACUCCACGGUUUCCAGGAGCAGGCGGAGGUCCUGGAGCUCUUCCUGACUGACUUCCAGAUGAGGCUGCUGUGGGGGAGCAGGGGAGCUGAGGAGAGCCAGGCUCUGCGAUACGCUAAGUUUGACCAGGUGCUGACCGCCUUGUCCAACAGGCUGGAGCCACCCGUCAGACCACGCUGACCCCAGACCUGUUUUGAAUAGCUUUGUUUUUUCAGGAUGAGCUCCCUGUCAUGUUCUCAUUCCUACAUGUGACAGCCUGUUGAACACUGAGCAGUUCCUUCUAGCAGCUGGGGUUCUGAUGGCCUUCCAGCUGCCCCUGAGCAUUGAAGGCAUUAAAAGAGAGAACAUGUUGUUUCAAACAGCGAGGCUCCAGCCACAAACACACUUCAUAAGCAUCUAGACUCUAGACAUUAAACUGAACUCAAACAGUUUGGUGAAACUAACCUUUCAUGUGGUUCUGUGGAGCUUGAUUCAGAUUCUUGUUCAAAAGCACAUCAGCGGGAUGAAUGUUAGCUUCUAAUAUGUUGUCAAGAUAAAUGGUUAAUUUCUAAUCCCAGUGUUUUCAGUACCUUUGAAGAUGUGUGGCAGAGUGGUGGCAGGAUGUAUGAGGUAGUGCUGCACCCUGGAGGACAAAACAUCACAAACCAGGAAGACGCAAAAUCUACUGUCACAGCUCAUUGUAUUCUCAUUUACCAUCCUCAUCACAGUCUCAUUUCCCACUAUUUAUAUUUUUAAUUGAGGACUUGUACCACUAUGAGAUUUCAGUGUGCCAAUGCCAGAGUCAGAAAUCAACUUUAUCCUGAAAGAAUCUUUCAGUAAUAUGUUAAAGUUCCUUACCAGAGGACUUGAUCUGUCCCACAAUGAACCAAUGUGAAGGUCAGAUAUCAGUGUAAAUACACAGCACUGCACCAGGUUCUGUUGUGCUGCCGUGGGUUUGUUCUGCAGAAAAACAACUUCUCUGUUCCAGGAAGCCUGAGAUCUGUUUUCAUGAAAAAGUGUAUUAAGAUGAGGCUGUGCCUCAGUCUGUUUGGUAAAUGUAUAGAAAUGUGUUUAUGUCUGUCUGAAGGCUGGACCUUCCCUAAAUCUACAACUGUACCAACUGUAUGUCAUAUUGUACAACCCACUAACAGAAUAACAUUGUAUCCACAUUUCCAGAUUUUGUCUUAUUUUUAUCUCCAUGUGUUAAUCAUUAGGAUUUUCUAAUAUUAAGCAACUAUUUAAUGAGAUUAAAUGUGCUGUAGUCAGUGUUGGGGUCAGUUCACUUUCAGUUCAGUCCUUUUGUUUUUUGUUUUUUAAGUUCCCCUUUUGUCUGUCAUGUUCUUCCUGGUUCCUUCAAAAUAAAAGCUGCAUCUUCUUCGCAUAAUCACACAUCCUGAAGCUCUCAUUGUCACGAUGUGAAUGAGGUGAGUGACCUGACCUCAUCCACACAAAUACAGCCCACAGGUACAGAAAAUGUCUAUGACUUUACGUUAUUAUUAUAGUAUUAAUGUCUAAUGUUUUUCUGAAAUGUGAAAUGUAAAUAAACAUGUUU